AGUAGCUAAGUUAACGUAAAGGAAAAAAUGUACGAUAACUGAAUGAUACAUAGUAUUAUCUCUUUCAAACUUUAAUUUUCAACACGUGUUUCGAGAUAAAAAGAAAGAAAGCAGAGCGAUGACUACACGCGUUGCAAUUGUGACUGGUGCAAACAAAGGAAUAGGAUUUGCCAUUGUCGAAUCCUUGUGUAAACAGUUUGAAGGGGACGUCAUUCUAACAGGUCGGUCCGAGGAGAGAUGUAAAGCUGCAGUAGCUCGACUACAGGAGAAAGGACUUUCACCUAAAUAUUAUACUCUCGAUAUUGACGACUCGAGUUCAAUUACCAAACUAAAGAAUUUUGUCAAGGAUAAUUAUGGAGGGAUUGAUAUCUUGGUAAACAAUGCUGGAAUUUCUAACAAGGUAGGAACUAUUGGCCAGCGGGCUACAACGACAUGUGGGACAAAUUACUUUGGUACCUUGAAUGUUUGUAAUACUUUGUUUCCUCUUCUAAAGCCACAUGCUAGGGUAGUUAAUGUGUCCAGCAUGGCUUCGCAAGAAGCAAUAAGUAAGUGCAGUGAAGAGAUGAGGUCAAAGUUCAAACAGCCAAACAUAACUAUGGAUGAAUUGACUGCUUUAAUUCAACAGUUUAUUGAUGCUGCACAAAAUGAUGACCAUGAAAAACAAGGAUUCUUUUUGAAGCCUUAUGGAAUGUCAAAACUUGGAGUAACUGUUAUGACGUUCAUUCAACAAAGAGAAUUAAACACAGAUCCCAGGGAAGAUAUUGUCGUUAAUGCUUGUUGUCCUGGCUAUGUUGCGACAGAUAUGACAUUACAUAAAGGUCCAAAGACAAUAACGGAAGGAGCUGAUACACCAGUGUACUUAGCAUUACUACCAUCAGGAACUACAAGUCCUAAAGGCGAUUUUGUGUCGGAGCGAACAAUUCAGAAUUGGGGAUAAAAGUACAAAUAAUUCAACCUUUUGUAUUGUAUGAGUUCGUUGUUAAACUAUUUAUUUAAUUUAUAUUACUUGAUAUUUAUUUUUCUAAAGGCAAUACAAUUUACAAUAUUCAGUAAAUAUUUGAAUUUUCUAACCAUAAAAUUGUAUAAAAGAAAUGUCACUACCAUAUCACUACAUGAUAUCUGUGUGAAUAUGAUGUACUGAGAACUCCUUAAGUCUUUAGAGCAACACAGUAACACUUAAACGUGUGAAUAAAAUUUCAAAUUCAUUUUAAAGAAUUGAGAUCGACCACAAAAAUACCUUAAUUAACUAGAAAUAUAUACAAUUUCACAUCUCAUUGAUUUAUAUUAAGCCGUCUUUUUAAGCAAACCUUACCAACAUAUAUUUAAGCUAAUAUUAAAAUCAAAAAUAAAUAGACAGAUGAAUUUCAUGACUGAUAUAACAGUUCUUUAUUUGCUUGUUAACGGAAUUUCGAUGUGAUGGUAUGAUAAUUGUGUACUAGACGCAAGUUUGGUAUCACAAUUAUUUCUUUCUUAAUCAUGUUUAUAUAGCUUAUCAAAACAAAAUUACAUCGGUUAUAUGAUUCUUUGUCAUUCUCACAAGAAGUUAUUAAUUUGAUAUGUGAUAGGGUUUUUGGCAUGGUAUAUUUAUAAAAUUCUUUAGUCUAACAGAAUUAAUAGUCUAAGAUGGAUAAUUCAUUGUAAUUAGUUGUUAUUGGCUUUGAAAUAGUUGUCAAUAAUCGUACUCUCAGAUUUGUACUUGUGUUUUUUGGUUUGUUGUGGGGAUGUAUAAAUACUAUGCCACGUCUGGUCGUUGUCAUGUCAUUUAUUAUCAUACAACCAAAAACGACUUUUAGUCAGGCACCUUGGAAAUAAUAUAUUUUCGAUUUUUUUCAUAUGUAUCACUUUUGUUUUUUUGUUUUUGUUUUUUAGAGCCAUUCAAUUCGUAAAAAUUGUAUU